AAAUGACGAAAUGACGAGAUAAAGAGAUGCUAAGAGACUCAAACGUAAGGAGAUACUGAGAGACGCAAGACACAGGGAGAUGCUGAGAGAUACAAGAAGCUGGGAGAUGGUGAUCUUGCAUCUUGUCAGAAUGGAAUUAAGAGACGGUCUUACCUCGUCAUGGUAGUCCCUCCUACACCCAUGAUGAGGCUGCUUAGGGAUGCUAAUUGUUUUUCAUCUCGUGAGAUCAGGUCUCAAAGUUCCCGUAAGUACCAGGGAACAGUGCUUCACAGUGCCAAGAAACAGUGCCUCACAGUGCCAGGGAUUAGUACGUCUCAAUCGUGUGUAAGAAGUUUAUUAUAUACAAGUGACACAUCACUGCAUAAUACAGUUACAAGUAACAUGUAAGUGAAGAACGAUGGUGCCAGCUACUGUGAGUGCCACUAAAACAUUCAACCACCACAAACCAUACAUACACCAUCGAAAGUGUCACAUGAUAGUGAAAGUGAUUAAUAUAGUGUUCAUACUAGAGUACACAAGUGCCAGAAAAUAUCAUACGUAAGUCAACACUACAGGUGCCCAUACAAGUGCCAACACUGACCUUACUUAAGAAUUAUGAAUGUGCCAGGUGACCACACACAUACUAGUCCGAGUAGGCCUACUACAGGCUUAUCAAAACGCCGGUGACAGUGCCAGGGCCAUGAGGACCAGAUGUAUAAAGAACCAUCAUCAACUACCUCCAGGAUGAAGGCAAGAUGGCGCCAAGCUGUCAGAAAGCUUCACCUCACAGAGUGGGAUACGCCUAUGCUCCGUCCUGAGAGGCUUGAGAUACAGUUCAGUGCUCCAGGAGCCGUGUACUUCCCUCAGCAGACUGUCACAGGCAAGGUCGUCCUUCAAGUAGCUGAACCUCUCAGGCUCAAGGGGGUGAAGAUGAGGUUCCGGGGUGAGUGUUGUAUAUACUUCACUGACUACCCUAAGAAGCUGGAGAACCUGAACAUGAUCAAGAAGACCAAGAGAAAAGGGGACCAUUGCAACACUCCAGACCAGUUUCCCACCACCAUGUGGUCUGCACGACACACCAAGUUCCCUGGCGGUGUCACCAACCCUGGCUAUAUCCCUGACCAUGACGGGUGUGAGAGUGGGUCAGGGUUGGAAGUACCACAAAAGUGCCAGCUAGCUACUAGACGUGCCUCGCACAGGCCUAGAUCCACUGAGAGUGCCUGGCUGCAAGGUUCUAUCAGUGGCCCUCGGCAACACUACCGGGCUCAAGAGACUUACUUCGACUGUGAGUUCUACAUAUAUGGACACAAGUACCAAAAGGGCGAGAAGGAGAUGCUACCAGCAGGCCUACACGAGUUUCCCUUUGCCUUUAUCCUGCCGCCCAACCUGCCACCCAGCUUCAACAGUGAGAAGGGUUUCAUUGGUUAUAUGGCCUUGGCUAUCCUUGACCGCCCUGCCGCGGCCAACCUGGUGCAGAAGGCCGGGUUUAGUCUCCACACUAUCCUCAAUCUUAAUAUGAUCUCCCACAGCACUUCGUCGAGCAGCAGCAGCACCUCCAAGAACGUGUGUUGCUUCUGCUGUCAGACUGGACCCAUCACCCUGGCGGCCCGCAUCCCCCGUCAAGGCUACGUCCCGGGCGAGGAGAUCUUAGUCUCUGCUGAGGUCGAUAACAUCUCCUCCAGGAGCACUCGCAGGACCAGACUCCUGCUGCUGCAGGUGAUCACGUACAUCAUGCCCAAUGGUGUGAAGGAGGUGGUGGAGGAGCGGGUGGUGAAGGAGGUAGUGAGGGGCAUGAUACCUCCUGGGGAGUCUGAUCUGUGGGAGAAUGUGGCACUGGUAGUGCCUCCUCUGGUGCCAGCCAACAUCCAUCUCACCUGCCGUUUACUACAUGUCAAGUACCGCCUCGAUAUGAUCUUGGAGCUACCGGUGCCGUCAUCAGAGAUGAGAGUGAGUCUGCCUCUCAUCAUUGGAUCAGUACCAUUAAGGAACCGCUUCUCAUCCUUCCUACCUCCCAGCGAGACCCGCAAGGUUUCUGAUCUACCUGGUAUCAAGUACCCCAACUACCCCUCGCACUGGUUCGGUGAAUGUACCUUCGGUAGUGAGUGUUUGGAGACCCAGUACGAGCACUUCACUGGUAUGCAGGUGGACUAUGAUGGGUUCCAGUACACACCAUUCACACACUUCGCCCCCAGAUAUAUCUGCUACACUCCUGGUAACAAGGUGGACAGCGACCCACGAUGACAUCAGGUCAAUCCAUCUAAACAUCACAGAAGCAGAACAAAACAAGGCAUCGCCAGCACUCCUACAACACACAGUGACUGAAGUUCACUGCUCCAGAAUUUGCUUUACGCAAAAAAUAAUAAUUUGAUUAGCAAACAAAACAAAGAUAGGCAAGUUUCCUUAUACCUGCUGUCUCUGUUCACCUACAGAUAAAUAGGUACCUAGGUGUUCGUCAGCUAUUGUGAGUCAUCAUUAAAUAGGACCACAAUAGAUAUAAACCGUACUAGGCUGGGUUACCUUAAAUAAAAAUUUAUUAGUCAUUGAAGCAACACAACAAAUGUGAAGCUAUGAGGCGCCACCACAGUCAAUGACGGAGUCAUGGAGAGAAAAAACUGAGUAUAUUGCACUUCACUGUAAAGAUGUAGGAGCAACCCGUCAAGCUUGAUGAUGCUCUGACGCUCCUGGUUGUUGAGAUAUAUUUGGAGGGUGUUCCGGGGGUCAACGCCCCCGGGGUCCGGGUCAUGACUAGGCCUCAUGGUCUAGUGGCUAACGCGACGGGCUGGAGUUUUGAGACUAUGACCGCGGGUUCAAUCCCGGCCGGGGGUAUGGUUUUUUUUAGGCCUCAAGGUAACUCAGCCUGAUCAACUAGGCUGUUACUGCCGGCCGCACGCAGUCCGACAUACGAACGGCUGUCAGGUGCCUGUUGAAGGUUCCCUCUUGAAGACAACCAGGGGUUAAUGGAACUGUAUUAUUAUUAUUAUAAUAAAAAAAGAAGCGCUAAACCACAAGGGCUCUACAGCGUUGUAAUGGAACUGUAAGCCUAUCGACUACACUAGUCAUUAAGGCUGUACGUAACCUUAUCACCACAUACAAAGUAAAGAUUAAGGUAAAUAGCGUAUAUACGCUAAAAUGCACCUCUCGGUGUAUAUAUCUUUUAGUGCUAGAUUAUAUUAUAUACCCACUAAGCCUUUCAAUAUUGCAGUCAGUUAAAAAACACUUGAUGGUGGUUUUGGUCAUAUGAUGACCUGAUAAGUGAAAGUUUUUGUCCCUAUAGCGGGGACGCUGCAAGAAGCAACCGCUGGUGUACUAUAGGCCUAUAGACGGUGGAUUUUACUAACAUGUGAAUGUGGUAGCUGUUUGAUCAUAUGACGGGGGCGUGGCACAGCGACCAUUGACUCAGUGGUCUGAGUGCCUGGCAUGCAUGGUGCCACUGUUGCAUGUAACUGCUGGGUAUAAUCUUGCACUGUAUCUAACUUGAACAUACAUACUCAAGUACUUCCUGCACCACGGCGCCGUGUUAUACUACACUAUGUUGAGUGCUACCAGCACUGUUGAAUGCUGCCAACAUUAUGUUGACUGCUACCAGCACUGUUGAAUGCUGCCAACAUUAUGCUGAGUGCUACCAGCACUGUUGAAUGCUGCCAACAUUAUGUUGACUGCUACCAGCACUGUUGAAUGCUGCCAACAUUAUGUUGAUGCUACCAGCACUGUUGAAUGCUGCCAACAUUAUGUUGACUGCUACCAGCACUGUUGAAUGCUGCCAACAUUAUGUUGAGUGCUACCAGCACUGUUGAAUGCUGCCAACAUUAUGUUGACUGCUACCAGCACUGUUGAAUGCUGCCAACAUUAUGUUGACUGCUACCAGCACUGUUGAAUGCUGCC